UGCACAUUUGCAUAAACAUGUGCGAGGUGACGAGGAUCGCGGGAGACGGAGGGAAUGUGUGACCAGCAUUCGCCUAAAACCCUCCGAAAACCUCCAACCUUGCAACGAACCUAACUUCUUAACCUUUCAGGAGAACAAACAACGACCUGUCCAACUUCUGUAUACAGCAGAACUCCAACAACAUGGCCGUUCAAGUAAAAUUUCCGUUCGGCACAAGUGUGGACGUAUUUGUAACGCACGUGGACCAAGAGUCCGGCAACCUCUUCGUCCAAAUCAACAACGAAGAAGCGGGAAAGCUUGACGAUUUGAUGGUCGAGAUCGAUGAAUUCGUAGCUAGCGACCGUUCUCCGCCCCUAUGCGCUUCAGAAGUUCUGCUUGGUAGCGUUUUCUUUGCGCAAUACUCGGUUGACCAAAGAUGGUAUCGUGCAAGAUUACUAGCUGUCAAAGGCGCACAGUCUGAGGUUUAUUUCAUAGACUAUGGAAACACAGAACACGUUUCACUUGAAUUCCUGAGAAAUGCCCCGGCUAAGUUUCUUAAUCUACCGCCUCAGGCUUACGAGUGCGAAGUAGAAGGUUUAAGGCAGCUCAAAAGCAGCAACUUCUCAGAAGUUGUUACCUCUCUCACCGAACAAGUUCUAGAAAAAGAAUUAGUGUGCAUAGCUGUGUCGCUCAAAACCAGUCUUGUGUUAGUGGUUGAUUUAUUCACGGAUGCGACAUGCACGAGGUCUGUCCUUGAUGUUUUGUCAAGUGGUGGACUUGCUGCAGACCCGGGAUUGUCCGCACUUGCAGCACCUUACAUGCCCUCUGUCAGCCCUAAAGACAAGAAGUACAAGUGUCUAGAGCUGGAGCCUGGAUGUUACCUUGACGUUUUCAUAACAUCUGUGGACAGUCCAUCUGACUUCUCAUGCCAACUCAUUGCAAACACUGAAAGUAUCGCGACAAUGAUGGAAGAGCUAGCCUCAACAUACACAGAUCUUGGCCCACAGGACCUCAGGUUGCUGGCAUCCACCAAGGGUUACCCCUGUUGCGCUAAGUUUACUGAGGAUGGUUGCUGGUAUAGAGCAUUAAUUACAAAGGAUUUGAGAGACGCAUCAGGAUUUAUUGAAGUCAAGUUCAUGGACUAUGGCAACAUUCAACGCACACCUUUGACCGAUGUAAGAGAAUUAAAAGAUGAGUUCCUUUCUCUGCCUGCUCAAGUAGUAGAGUGUUUACAUCACGGCAUUCGACAGGCUGAUGGGUCGGAGGAGUGGCCAAAAGAGUCUUUGAUUCUUUUUAAAAAACUUACUGAAGACAAGCACCUUGUAGCCUUAAUUGACAAACGCAAUGCAGAAGGAAAGUACGAAGUCGACUUGUAUGAUACGACUGGGGAUAUGGACAUGCAAAUCAGUCAGAUUCUCAUAGCUGCUGGUUAUGCUGUAAAGACAAGCGAGUUCAAUCCUAACCCUCUACGUAUCCCAGCUGCAAAAAGCACUCCUCCGAAACCAGCUCCUGUCCAAGUUCAAGCAUCACCACAAAUGCCGUCCUUCUCGUACAGUAAGGAACAGCUGAACCCAGGUCAGGAGUACAAGUGUUUAAUAACAGCCUGUCAGAGCCCCUCAAAGUUUUAUAUACAGCUGUUUAGUAUGGCUUCCAAGCUUGAGAAACUCAUGAUGGACAUUGAGAAUUAUUACGACCGCCUUUCUGCUGAUGACGAAUGGCUUGCCUGCCCUGUUGUUGGUGAUAUUUGUUGUGCAAAGUUUUCCGAAGAUGAUUGUUGGUACAGAGCGAUUGUCACAGAAGUUCAAGAGUCCAAGAAAGUUGGAGUGCAGUUUAUUGACUAUGGCAACUGUGAGUCCCUCCCACCCAAGCGUAUCAAGAAAUUAGUACCACGGUUUUCUGACCUCCCAUGUCAAGGCAUUGAGUGUUCCUUGAAUAGAAUCCAACCUUUGGCUGCAGACUGGCGGCCAGGAGACAAAAAGAAAUUUGAGGACAUUGCUCUAGAGAAAGAAGCAGUUAUGACUGUGAUAGCUGUAUCAAAUGGUGUUCACAGGGUUGACUUAGUUUUGCGAGGGAGGAAAGAGCUGAAUGUUAGUGAAUACAUGUUAUUGUCUAACUGUGCAGGUCUGGCUAGUGGGGCCACAUCUCAAUCAGAGAACCUAAGCAGUAUCUUAGCCAAGGAGUAUACUAAGCUCAGCCUCACACUAGGGGAUUAUGAGGAUGUUUUAGUGAGCUAUUCAGAGAGUCCAGCAGUUUUUUGGUGUCAACUUCUUAAGCACAAGGCAGAGCUUGAUUCCAUUAUGAAUGCUCUUCAUGAAUACUGUGCAAACUCUGGACCAAAGGACAACAUAAACUCUCCAAGAGUUGGAACACCAUGCUGUGCCAUGUUCAGCGUUGACGAAGGCUGGUACCGAGGCCUUGUUACAGGUGUAACUCGAGCUAACCAAGUUGAAGUUCAGUUUGUGGACUAUGGUAACUCUGAAAUAAUGCCUCCAUCGCAAUUGAGAGCAAUGAAGCCUGAAUUUAUGAGUUUGUCUGCACAAGCCAUCAGCUGUGAGUUGGAGCAUCUUGGGUUCAACAAGAGUCAUCAUUUUACAAAGGAGCUGAUUGAAAAAUUUGAUGAAGUCACUGCAGAGAAAGAACUAGUAGCUAUGAUAGCAUCUUAUGACAAGAUCAAUCACCGGUAUGUUGUAGCCCUUCAUGAUACCGCUGACGGCAAGAAUGAGAACAUUCUGGAUCUACUGACUCCACUCUUGUCUAAGAAAGCCAGUGGGAUUGGCAGUGUUAGCAUCCCCAAACCCAACUUAGCACCCGGUGCAAGAGAAAAUGUGUGCGUUACGUCAGUUGUUGGAGUGACACAGUUCUAUUGUCAAGUAAUGAAAGCAUCUGAACAGCUCGACAGAAUGAUGGUUGCACUGGAUGACCACUACAACACCCUGGCAGACAGCCAGGAAGUCUUGACCGAAGUUAAACCAGGUGUGUGCUGUGCAGCCAGGUACACUGAGGAUGACUCUUGGUAUAGAGCAAGAAUCUUAGAAGUGAGCAGAAACACAGUAACUGUUCAGUAUAUAGAUUAUGGGAACUCUGAAACGCUGCCAAACAACAGGCUCAAGAUGCUAGCAAGCAAGUUUGCCGAGCUGCCCGAGCAAGUUGUUCCUUGUUGUCUCACUGGUGACAUAAGCAAGGUGAAUGAAGCCCAGUUUAGUGACCUAGUGUUUGACAAGACCUUUGACAUGCAAGUAAAGGCAGUCAGCAGUGAAGGCACAUUUGAAGUUGAUCUUAUCUCCAUGGAGACCCACAAGUCUAUCCGUGAUCAGCUUAUCCAGUCUGUCACCAUCCCCAAGCACACCCUGCAGGCAGGAAGCAAAGUACCCGGCCUAGUAACCUCCAUCACCAGCUCUUCCAAGUUCUACCUUCAGGAUAGUCAGUCAGCAAGUGCGUUAGAUGAAGUAAUGGACCUGUUGGAAGGCCACUACCGGGCUCUUGGAGAAGGUGAAGAAGCCUUGAAGAAGCCACAGGUUGGGCAAUUUUGCGUCGCCAGGUUCAGUGAAGACGAUGGGUGGUACCGUGCUGUAGUGACAAAGGUCCAUGGCAACAGUAUUGAAGUGCUAUAUGUUGACUACGGAAAUGCUGAGGUCAUCCCUGUCUCCAGGGCCAAGAUUCUCAAACCAGAGUUUGCUAAACUUCCCAUGCAGGCAGUAGAAUGCUGUCUACAUAACGUGUCUUCAAGUACUGAUGAUACAUCAGAGGCUCUAUUUCAAGAACAGGUCCUCGACAUGGAGCUGACAGCCCUCGUGAAGUCUGUGGAUGCAGAUGGUGUUGCUGGUGUCGAGCUCUUUGACCCAUCUGGAGUGGCAAUUCGUACAACUCUAGUAAAGUCUACCAGUGGUGUUUCCAGUCAACAUGCAAAGACCCCAUUGCCAGCUUUGACACCUACAGCAACCAAAUUCAAGCCAUUUGUGAUGACAUUUAAGGAAUCAGAUAUGGUUGAUGUCCAUCCAGUAGUAUGUCUGAACCCUCAUCAAUUCUACUGUCAAGUUCCAUCUGAGAAGGGGAUUGCCGCAUUUGGGCAGCUUACUGACAAGCUGAACAAAGUCUAUGGAAAGCUGUCAUCGGAUGAGGAGAGGAUUGCAGUGCCAGCUGUAGGCAAGCCAUGUGCUGCUCUAUAUCAAGAUUACCUGGGUAUUUUUCUUAAAACAGUUGACAAAAGUUGGUACCGUGCUAUUAUCACCAAAGUGCUUGACCGGAACAGAGUUGAGGUUUCUUUUGUCGACUUUGGCAAUGUGGAGACAGUCCUUGUAGAUCAUCUCAAGUCCCUGAGACCGGACCUCAUGGAUCUGGAGGUGCAAGCGGUCCUGUGUAGCUUGUCUGCCAAGCCUGCUGGAGGGGCUCAAUGGUCUGAUUCUGCUAAAACAAGGUUCUCUGAACUUGUAUGUGAAAAGUUGCUGGUAGCUGAGAUAGUCAAGGUUGGAAAGAGAGGCAAUGACCCUUGCAUCGACGUGCUCCUUUAUGACACCAGUGAUGACCAGAGUGACAAAGAAAUUGCAGCAAUUCUUGCACAGGAGCAGCUGGCAGUAACGGAUUCUCCUGCCAUUUCUGCUGUUUCACAGCCAAAACCAUCCGCAACCUUGUCCAGCCUGAAGAGGCUUACACCAUCAACCACUCAGAAUCUCUACAUCACAUCUAUUGACUCGCCUGGUGCAUUCUACUGCCAACUUGAUGGAACUGAAGACAGACUUGCUGCUUUGAUGGAGAACCUAGGGAUUUUUUAUGAGUCCUUAGAGACCAAUGAGCUUAGUUUAAAUCCAGUUACUGUAGGAAGCCUCUGCUGCGCUCAGUACUCUGAGGAUGGUGGAUGGUACCGGGCCAUAGUUGAGACCAUCCAGGAGGAUACAACUACUGUGAGAUUCAUUGAUUACGGCAAUGUCGAGGUAGUCCAGAGAAACAUUAUCAAAGUCCUGACCCAAGAUUUUAUGUCUGAGCCAGUCCUUGCUGUCAAAUGCAAGUUAGCGGGAGUAAGCCCUGUUGAUGGUUCCUGGUCACCAAAGGCUACAAGCACCUUCCAGGGAAUAGCAGCCUCAGACACAUUAUUUAUUGCAACUGUCAAGUCUCAUGUUGAACCAUACGAGGUCAUCCUAUCUGAUGGGACAAGUGAUGUAGGAGACAUUCUUAUUGCUUCAAAAGCUGCUAUUUCAAGUGAUCAGCAACGUUUAAAAGAUCCUGCUGCUCCAGAGUACAAAAACCCCAAGGUUGAAAUUGGAUCAAGCAUAGAAGUACUAGUUACUGAUGUCACCUCACCUGAUCUCUUCCACUGCCAAAUUGUUGCAACAGGAGAUGAGCUGGAUGCAAUGAUGAAUAGGCUGAAUGAGUAUUACUCCAGUGGUGCUGUAAAGCUGGUCACAUCACCACGAGUCCGGCUCCCGUGUGUUGCUAUCUACAGUGACGAUGAAAGCUGGUACAGAGCUAUCAUUCAGAGUAUCCAAGGAGCCAAAGGAAUCGUCCAGUUCUCAGACUACGGGAACUCCCAGGAGAUCCAAAUGAAAGACGUCAAGGAAAUUGCUCCAGAGUUCCUGGAACUCCCUCUUCAAGCUGUUCCCUGUAGCUUGGGAAGUGAGCUGGAUUGGACUGACGAGGAGAUCAAGCAGUUUACAGAAAUGACUGUGGAUCAAGCGAUCACUGCUAAGGUCAUUGCAAGACAGAAUGGGAAAUAUGUGGUCAAACUGUUUGGUGAAGACAGUACUCCCAUAAGUGAUACCUUCCUUGCAGGGACUAAUAGAUCUGAUGCUGCCUCACACCCAUCGCAAGUCCUCAGUGCUAUCUACAUCAAGGGCACACUAUCGUAUGGAGAAAAAGCCUACUUCCUUUCAGCGGAUAAAAUAGACGAGAUCUGGCUCCAGCCUGUGCAGUCUGCAGAGCAUCUGGAGUCGUUAAUGGCUUCUAUAGCUGAAAGCAAACCAAGUAGAAUUCUGCCGCCCACUGAUCGGAUUGAAGGAAAACCUUGCCUUGCUAAAUUCACUGAAGAUAAUGCAUGGUACCGAGCUGUGAUUACUGCUGUUGAAGAUCCCACUUUUCACGUUAGGUAUGUUGACUUUGGAAACACAGAGUGCCUUCCAGGCGACCGACUUGCUCCAAUCAGCCCAUCAUUUCUGCAGCUGCCAACCCAAGCAGUGAGAUGCUCUCUGCAUGGAUUCCCAGCAGACAAAUCCAGCCAGAUCGUCGCCCAGCUCAAGGAAGAGUUAAAGGAUAAGACAGUCGAAGUUGAAGUACUCCAGCAAACAUCAGAAAGCAUUUUAGUGAAGCUUUACGAUGCUGAUACCAAAAAAGCAAUACCCGAGGAGGUGGUGGCAGUACCACAGGAACCUACUUGCUUCCGCAGAGUAGCCUUCUCUACAAGUGACAGAGAGCCAGCAUACUACUUGUCAGCAGAUUCCGUGGACGCAGUUUGGCUACAGCCGGUUAGCACAGCAGGAAAGCUUGAAAAUCUCAUGGCUGCUAUUGCUGAAAGCCCACCUUGCAGCCCCCUUCCCUCAUCUCUAUCUGCUGGUUGGCCUUGCUUAGCGCAGUUCACAGAUGAUGACGCCUGGUACCGGGCUGAAAUCCAAGAAGUUAAAGAUGGAGGUGUAGAUGUGAGGUACAUGGAUUAUGGCAACUCCGAGUUCCUACCUUUGAGUAGACUUAGCCCGAUCCCAAGCUCCUUCCUUGAGCUUCCAGCCCAAGCUGUGAGGUGUGGUCUUUAUGGUGUUGCAGCUGGCACAGACGAGCAGACCCUAGCGCUCCUGAAUGAAUCCUGCGCAGAAGCAACUCUUGAAGUUGAAGUUGUCGAACAAACUGCAGAUGACUUACAACUGGUGAGACUGUACAAUGCUGAUACAAAACUACCAGUCAUUAUAGAGGCAAAGACCCAAGCUCAGGAUGAACCAGCCACUAAAAGAUCCUUUAAAAAGGCCUCAUUCUCAAAGACCGCUAAAGAGCAGGCUUGUUUUAUCAUAGCAGAGGCUGUAGAUACAGUUUGGCUUCAACCAGCUAAGACUGCAGAUGAUCUUCACAAUCUAAUGGAGAACAUCGCAGUACUUGAGCCUCGUGUUGCUCUUCCAACAGAGUUACAAGCCGCCAGUCAACCCUGCCUGUCACAGUUCACAGGGGAUGAUUCCUUUUACAGAGCUGAGAUUUUGGAGGUUAAAGAAGGCAAUGCGCAUGUGAGAUACGUGGACUAUGGAAACAAGGAGUGGCUACCUGUCCAAAGGCUUAGCUUGAUAUCCGAUGUUCUGCUUUACCUUCCAGCGCAAGCAGUGAGAUGCAUGCUCCAAGGCGUCCCUGCCGACACAUUAGAGCGAACACUUGAGCAUUUGAAUGAAGUUUAUCCAGAAGUAGAUGUAGAAGUUGAAGUUGUUGACGAAUCCCCUGAAGGUCUCCCUGUGAUAAGAAUGUACAAUGCUGAAAGCAAGCAACCUAUUAUAUCACAUGAGGAACAACCAUCCCAUGAAAAGGACGUAACUAUCACAAGCAGGAGGUUUACUAAAGCCUCUCUACCAUCAAGCGGAAAAGGACAAGCAUACUUUCUCUCUGCAGAAGCUGUUGACUCGGUCUGGGUGCAGCCAGUGGAAAUGGCUAGUGCUUUGGAAGCAGUCAUGGAGUCUAUAAAAAGUACAGACAGCGCAGUUGUCAUCCCACCAUCUCUACUAGCACCAGGGCUGCCCUGCUUGUCCCGUUUCACGGAGAACGACGUAUGGUACCGCGCUGAAGUAUUAGAAGUUGGUGAGGGUACUGCCACUGUAAGAUAUGUGGACUAUGGGAACACCGAGUCGUUAUCCACGACCAGGCUGAGUCCAAUCUCUGAUUCAUUGCUCGAAUUACCAGCCCAGGCUGUCAGAUGUACUCUAUACAGUAUUCCCAUAACAAAGGCAGAGCAGGUCGUGGCCCUCCUGAAUGAAGUUUGUGCAGAUGGAACUAUUGAGGUUGAAGUUGUUGAACAGGACCCAAGUGGAUGUCCUUCAGUGAGGCUUUAUAAUUCUGAAACAAAAAAGCCCAUCAUUCCAGAAGACCCAAUUGUUCUAGAACAAGCGGCAGAAUCAGAACCAUUGUCAUUUACCAGGUCUUCCUUUUCAGCUAGCGAAAAAGAGCAAGCUUACUUCCUCUCAGCAGAUGCCGUAGAUGCUAUAUGGCUUCAACCAACUAAGACUGCAAGUCUGUUAGAGGAGCUGAUGGCUACAAUCGCAGAACAUCACCCAAGUGAACCCAUCCAAGCAUCUCUUUUAGUACCUGGCCAGCCUUGCUUAUCACAAUUCACUGAGGAUGACGGAUGGUACCGUGCGGAGAUUCUGACUACGAAAGAUAACAGCGCUCAUGUGCGAUACGUAGAUUAUGGGAAUGAGGAGGUUCUUCCCAUGGACAGGCUGCGUGCCAUUAAAUGUGAGCAACUUGAACUUCCAGCUCAAGCUGUAAAGUGUAAACUAGCAGACUUAGCAGCCGGUCAAGCGGAACACUUCCUAACAAGACUAAACGAAGUUUGUGCUGAGAAAACAGUUGAAGUGGAGGUUGUUGAAGAACAACAAGGAGGGCAGCUUGUGAGGUUGUAUGAUCCCAAAACUAAAGACGUUGUCAAUAAUUUAGUUUCAUCUAAGACGCCAGUAGCUGCUGAAGAAGCCACACUCAUUGAAGAAGAGCCAGAAAAACAGCCUGAAAGCGCAGUUCCAGUAGAAAGACCUUUCUUCACCCAGCCAAAGUUCACAGAAGGUUGUGAAUUGCAUGUGUUCUUCGCCGGAGGAACAUCUCCUGAUGCAAUGCUGCUGCAGUUAAUCAAGGAGCAUGAACAGCUUGAAGCACUAAUGUCAGAGAUAGGAACAGCAUACAGCGAGCUUGACGAUGGGUUAAGCAUCAUGGAACCUGCCCCAGGGCAAGCGUGCUGCGCUCAGUACUCAGCUGAUGAGCAAUGGUACAGGGCUGAGAUCCUCUCUACAUCAGAAGAUGGGGUGUAUGUCCGAUUUGUCGAUUAUGGAAAUGAAGAAACAGUACCAGUGUCCAAGGUGAAGGAGAUAAAGGAAGAGUUCCUUGCUCUGCCGUGUCAAGCUUUCAAGUGCAGCUUGGCUAAUGUAAUUCCUGUUGCUGAGGAGGGGUGGUCUGAAAGCUGUCUUACUUGGAUGGAAGAGAUACUGACGAGUGAAUUAAGAGCUGAGGUUGUGGUCUUGAAGGAUCAGGACAUGCAUGUCAACCUGUACUUUACGUCUGAGGAAGGUGAAAACAGCGUCGCUCAGUCAUUGGUGGAUCUGGGAUAUGGACAGCUUAUUGGGGGAAGUGACAAUACUAGUAAGCCUGUUGUACUAGAAGAUGCCGAACAGAAUCAAGAAGUCAUUGAAGGUGGAGAGAAAACUAUAGAAAAGAACACAGAGCAGUCAGUUGUUGUAGAAGCGGUACAGGAAAAGGCAGUUACUAGCGAUGCCAACAAGGACAAACAGGAAGAAGAGAGCAACGUCCAGUCUCUUUCUGAGGAGCAGACUGCUCAGCCUGAGGGUGAGAAAGUUGCUAAAGAGGAAAUUGGUGAAUCUGAAGAGAAGGCAAAUGGGCCUGCUUUGCCUCUACUCGACCUCCCAAAGACGAUAUCAUCUGAAGAACUCGCGGCGCUUGCUUCCUCUGACGAGAAUAUAGAGAGUCUAGGUGUGAAUGGUUUAGAUGUAGAUAGGGGCAAGCCUCUCAGCGGUGCUGACAAGCCUGCUGCGGUAAUAGACCUUUCCAAGAGUCUAGAUAUUUCCAAGAAUCUUGACAUUUCCAAGAAUCUAGACAUUACCAAGAGUCUAGACCUUUGUGUAAAUGUGGCGCAGCAGUCUGAUAAUGCUGCUUCACCUGAAGAGAAGAGUACUAGCUUUUAUACACAAGAAAGAAAGGAGGAUUUCGAACUCCUGACCUUAGAGGAGAAUGCAGAUACAGUGGCGACUGGCUCUGUACAUAUCCAGCAUGGCGCGAACUACGGUAAUGUUGAUAGUUUUAUAUCCGAGCCGGAUUAUUCAGAAGACGUUGAUACCCCUUGCAGACAGCUGGUGUCUUCUGUCAAUGGUGUGGAAAUCGCAAGAGUUAGUACCAAUGAUAAAUCGAAUGACGUUGAGGUAGUAGCACGUCGUAUAGAAGACAAAAGAAAUGCGGUAGAAAUUACAGAAAGCCUAGAGGUUAAAGAAGUGCAAGCUGGAAAUGCCACUGGCCUUUCAGAAAAAUCGCUGGUGUCUGAUUCUACAGACAAGGCUAAUGGGGAAGUUGUAGAAGUCGAAGAGGUUGAGCUAGUUGAAAAGGUGCAGGAGAUGAUGUUAGAGACUAACGAGGCAAGUGGACAGGAAAAAUCAAUUGUCGAAGAGCCGGAACUGCCCACAACCAGCAUAUCGUUAGAAAAUGGUGUUGGGGUGUUGGACUCUGAUGAAUUAGACAACAAGGAACAGAUUGGUGGUGACCACACUCAUUUACAUUCAGAGUCUGUGACGGGAAUGACGGAUGAAGAACCAAGAAUUGAAAAGUCAGGAAUGAACACAACGCUAUUAAAAGACGGCGGUGAAGAAGUGACUGAUCUUAAAGAAUUAGAAAAACAAAAACUGCUUACCCAGGACCAAGAUAAAGAAUCUAAGACCAUCGGCAUCCAUGUAUCUGGUGAGGAAGAGCCAGAAGAAAUCACAGCAAGUUCCCUGUUACAAGAUGUUAAUGAUGAGGUUUUCGAUACUGACGUAAUAGAUGUAGACUUCUCUGGAGAUAUGGCUGGGAAAGGUAAAGUGUCCGGUAACGCCGAUGAAGUGUCAAAUGUGGAAGUGCGAGAUCAGACUCCCUUAGAGGAUGCUGAUGGACAAGUAUUAGGAGAAGAGCACACUCAGCUUGAAAGAGAUUGUACUACCAAGACGUAUCAAGAGCCCUACAUGGGGAACAUAGGUCAGAGUGUCCAGGAAGAGACAUGUCCGAUAGAGGAAUUAGUCAAAGAAGACCAUCGAGAAACAUUUGAUGAUGAAGAUCAAGCUGAAGCUCAAAUGGCAGCAGUGAAAGAGUUCCUUGAUGGAAUCAUUUUUGGUGUUUGCCACAGGAUACGAGAGCAAGCUCAGUGUAGCGAUGAUGCACAUAAAGUGAAGGAAGGCACCAAAGAUAUUCAGAAUAGUGCAACAAAUGCAGCCCCAGUUCAACAUUCAAAGUCUACACUAAGUACUAAGGUUUGGUCAUUAGGAAUUGGAAGCGGAAAACUGGAAAAUUUUCUUCAAACAGCUGCACUUGCUGAUUCAAAACGUGAUCCCAGAACUGCCAAAGUAAUGGUUGGCACCAGUGAUAACGCUAUGUUGUGUGAAGGGGUUCUUGGUGCGAACGGUGAGUCUGUACAAGAAUCAGACAAAGAAUCGGAUGUACUCUCUGACGACGCCCUAGAAAUCUUAGAUGAAGAGCUUGAGCACACCCCAGAGAAGGUCGUGGCUCAGCUGGAGCACAAAGAGAAUGUUGUGGUAGGGCGAGAGCUUCGGAACACCCCAGAGGCUAUUGAUAAUCUGGAGCCUACUGCAACAGGCGAUAAACUGUUGACAAGAGGCACCAUAAACGAAGUUGGAGUAGCUGAUCUACAAUCUUUAAACAGUGAUUAUGUGCUUCAGGAUCUAACCCCUGCCGCAAAUGAGCCACAUCAAGAACAUUCCAUCCGUGACUUAAAGUCAACGGAGAACCGAACAGUUGAAUAUUGUGAUUUUCAAGGAAGUACCUCGGUGAAUGGGAAGCCUCCAGCGUCUGGGCUAACUUCAAAAGCUGGAAUACAAGUAGAAGACCUAGAACACACCUCAGAAAACAGUAUUACACAAGGGCUUACCUUGGUUAAUGGGGAUGGGGAUAACUCUGUGAAUCGAAAGCCAGAGCCCGUGCUUACUUCAAUAGCUGGAGAGCCAGAAGGCGAGCCAGAACACAGGGCAGAAGAUAGUGUAAAACGAGAGCUUACCUCGGUAAGUGCGGAGUCCUUGAACGGACACAAGUUUGUUAAGGGCAAGCCUGAGCCUAGGCUUGCUUCAGUAGCUGGAGUGCCAGAAGAGGAGUUAGAACUUGCAACAGAGAAGGACGAGAAAGAUGCAUUGCUGGCAGGUUCCCUUUGCCAUAUCACGCUUCAGCUCUCCCUCUGGCUGUCAGAGGUAGUACCAUACAUUUCUACUUUUCGUUUACCUUUUGUAUUUCAGUAUAAGGUCUUUUGUUGCUGGUUGCAACUUUUGUAUUUCAUCAUAAGGUAUUCUGUUGCUGGUUGCUAAGCCUUGGCCUAAUACAAAAUGCGGCCAGGGUUUGAUCACCCUAUGUUAGGCAUCUCUUAAAGCAGUACUCCUGCCAGUGACAAUAUUCUAUUCUUAUGGGGGACAUUCUGUCAAAAGAAGUUACAGUGUUCUGUUC